AUGGCAAAAAGUGCCGCGCCGACACUGGCGGACUUGAAUGCCAAACAAAAGCAGUUGGAGAACAUCAUUAAAUCGAUGAACACCCAGAUAAUGCAAGCGCAGCUCUUUCUUGAGGAAAGAAUUCGCUCAGAUGGCGCGUCCGGAAUCAAGGCAGUGCGGCUGUACCAUGAGGGUACCAGCGCGUUCUUUGAAGACAACCAUAUCGGUAACGGGGCCCUCUCCAUGCACGAUCACGCCAACUAUGACCGAACAGUCGGACUAGGUGAGUUCAUCGCUGUGAUGAACGGAGUGGAGUUCAGAACACGUCACAAUGACUACAAGCUGAGAAUGCCACUCAAGCGCGGCAAGUACCUAGACACAGAGUACAUCCCCUUCCCACCUGUGCCGCCAUCGGUGCUCAAACAGGGUAGUGUCCCGAAACAAGUGGCGGAGAUGCAGGAGUAUUUCCGCGCCUUCAGGGACCAGAACGUGACCCACCGUGACUACCGCAACUACUUCAAGGCUAACUUGUGUGUGGCGGAGGGAUCCUGGACACUGAACACUAACACCCUUAGUGAACCCUUCCAGAGUGACCGGCAUCAUAUCGACGCCACAAGCUGGCAAGAUUUGCAGGACAAGGUUCGGUUCACCUCAUACACAGGCACCAAGAGUCGACUGGAGAACUUCUCGUGGCUGCCCACCAAGUUUUACGGUCAGGAGAAUGGUGUUCCCAAGGUGGCCCAGUGGACCUAUCGCAUUAUCUGCAACCCUAUUAGGUACGUCAUAAAAGCAAAACAUCCCGACCUCGUACUUCCAGCAACAAGACGACCUGGCUCACCGGCUGAGCCGCUGGCGGACCGUAGAUCAGAUCAAGAAAUCAAGAGCCGCCAGGUUCAAGCUCAACGAGUUCGCCAUGGAGAGUACCGUUUUUUGCACCGCCUGUUCCACAGAGUAUCCUACGCCAUACCCCUUGAAAUCGUUUAUAUGACCCCUCUCUUGAGCUGGAAUCCCUACCACGUUGCAUACACAGACAUCACCCCAAGUCCACAGGCUGCCGCUGUGACGGCGAACGGCAGAUAUGGUGGCUUUGACAAACGCACAGCCUUCAACGGAACUAACAAGUCCGUGUUUUACAGGGUCUCUGGUGUACCCAGUGUCUAUAUUCAAUUCUACUAUUCGACCGAGUCUGAGGGUCCGAGGGUUAAAAACAGAGUAAAACUCAUCCCAAAUCUCGCGGUCCACCAUGUGAGUUUUCUCUCCCCUGUGUUUUCCAGGACGCCAGAAGAGUUCUACGCGACCGGGAAGGUAGAGGCAGACAAAGCUGACACAGCCAGAGGGUCUGUAGGUGUUCUCGACAAGCAAGGAAACGUGCACCGCGUGGCAGGCUCGGGUGUACGUGUGAUCACCCCGUCUAUUGGUGGAAACGUAGGCCAAGUCAGAACGCGCUAUCCCAUCUUCCCUGUGCACGCGGAAGGAAGUUCUACUGGCAUUGAGCUCUCGGUGAGGAUUUUUUGUCUUAAAACCGAGCAUGUGCAAGUCAAAUAAUUUAAUCUGCGUACUCUGGCGUCAUCUGGGUCUGAAAAUGACGUCACAUUACUUUAAAAAAUAUCAUCUCCUUCCACUGGUGGUCGUGCUCCCCCCUCCCCUCUCUAUCUCUCUGUCCCUC